ACGCAAACACGCAUUCGGAAUGCUGCAGAAGGAAAAAUAGCCUGAGAAGGGAGGAUUUCUGAGGGACAAGUAAAAGGAGGUGUUGUAUUUCUUUCUCAAUAUCAGAUCCACACUGAAAUAUUUGGACAAAAUGAGAUGCUUACGAAAGCGAUCUGCCGUAUCAUUCCUAGGAGUACUUGUCAUUUGCUUGUUGUUCAUGAACUUAUACAUCGAAGAUAGCUAUGUCUUGGAAGGUAACAAACAGUUAAUCAGAGAAACAGCCACACAUCAGUUAAACUCAGAACGAUACGUUCACACUUUUAAAGAUCUGUCCAAUUUCUCAGGAUCUAUAAAUGUUUCCUAUCGUUAUCUGGCUGGCACACCUUUGCUCAGAAAAAGGUAUCUUACCAUUGGACUGUCCUCUGUUAAAAGGAAGAAAGGGAAUUAUUUGCUUGAGACGAUCAAGUCCAUAUUUGAGCAGUCAAGUUAUGAGGAGCUAAAGGAAAUUGCAGUAGUAGUGCAUCUGGCAGAGUUUGAUUCAUCUUGGUGCGAUGGAAUGGUUCAAGAUAUUUCACAAAAAUUUGCCCAUCACAUAAUUGCAGGAAGGUUAAUGGUAAUUCAUACUCCUGAGGAAUACUAUCCAAUAUUGGAUGGCCUUAAAAGAAAUUACAAUGAUCCAGAAGAUAGGGUAAAGUUCCGUUCCAAGCAAAAUGUAGAUUAUGCUUUCUUGCUUAACUUCUGUGCUAAUCUUUCUGAUUAUUACAUGAUGUUAGAAGAUGAUGUUCGAUGUGCCAAAAACUUCUUGUCUGUAGUUAAGAAAGUCAUAACUUCACGAGAAGGAACCUAUUGGGUGACGUUAGAAUUUUCUAAGUUGGGAUACAUUGGAAAACUGUAUCAUUCCCAUGAUCUCCCUCGUCUGGCCCAUUUCUUGCUAAUGUUCUACCAGGAAAUGCCUUGUGAUUGGCUGCUAAUACAUUUCCGGGGGCUACUGGCUCAAAAGGAUGUAAUACGUUUCAAGCCUUCUCUCUUCCAGCAUAUGGGAUAUUAUUCAUCUUACAAAGGGGCAGAGAAUAAAUUAAAAGAUGAUGACUUUGAAGAAGAUUCAUUUGACAUCCCUGAUAACCCACCUGCCAGCCUACAUACCAACAUGAAUGUCUUUGAAAAUUAUGAAGCAAGCAAGGCUUACAGUAGUGUUGAUGAAUACUUCUGGGGAAAGGCACCCUCCACUGGAGAUUUCUAUGUAAUUGUCUUUGAAAAGCCAAUUAAAAUCAAUAGAAUUAAAGUUGUCACUGGAACAGAAGACCGACAAAAUGAUAUUUUGCAUCAUGGAGCUCUAGAAGUUGGGGAAAAAAUUGUUGGAGGCAAAAAGGGGAGACAAUGUACCACUUACUUACGACUAGGGGAGUUUAAAAAUGGAAACUUGGAAAUUACAGAAGUAGAGCACAAAGUUCUUUUUGAUAUUAACUGUAUGAGAAUACUCAUUACUAAAAGCCAAAAGGAAUGGUUGAUCAUUAGGAGCAUUAGCAUAUGGACUUCACAGCCACCAAGUCAAUAAAGCAGCCUUACCACAGAUACUGAUUAGUGACUAAGGAUGAUAACUUGGAUUCUGAAGGGAAAGCAGCCCAUAAAAUGAUUGACUCCCCACCAGCUCUUUGCCUCUGACAUUGGCAAUCUGGGAAAUCACAAAACAAACAAAGCAAUCUAUUUUUUACUUGUUCAGUCAGGCAAUAUACAAUGACUAGUUUGUUGGAAUGUUUGAAUUUUAUAGGAAGUGCAAACACGUUCCCAUCCAUUUCUCAAGCUCUAAAUCAAUUUCUCUGUUGUUUUUAUCUUCCCUUGGGGAAGAACCAAUGUACUAAACAAAGCAAAUGCUACUUCAUUAUUUAAAGGUUUUGUAGGCCUUUGCCAAUAUAUUGUCAAAAGAAUUUGACUCCAUCUUAUCCACAUAUAAAUUAAAAAUGUGAUGGUUGUUUGUGUUUGUACAGUGGUUGGUGGUUUGUUUUGUUUUGAAGGCAGUCUUGAUAAUGCAGUUGAUAUUCUCUAGUGUGAGCAAUGUAAGAAAGCUGUGCUGGUACCACUGCAGAUUCUUUUAAAUGAAAAUACAUGUACUGUUAUAAAUCUGUAAUGAUCAUUCUGUAAACUCAAUAAGUGCAUUCACUGUUCUUGAGCUGAACCAACAUGUAUUAUUCAGCCAGGAUUCCUUGCCCUGAAAUGACACACUAAUCCAAUUUCACCUGUCUUUCAUUUUGCAGUAUUGAACCAGGGCCCAUUAAAUCUAUGGCCAGUGUUCUCCUCUUGUUUUAUAUGGUAGCUGUAUUACACAUCAAUAUU